AUGAAAAGACAAAAUCAAAGCUGUGUGGUUGAAUUCAUCCUCCUGGGUUUUUCUAACUUUCCUGAGCUCCAGGUGCAGCUCUUUGGGGUUUUCCUAGUUAUUUAUGUGGUGACCCUGAUGGGAAAUGCCAUCAUUACAGUCGUCAUCUCCUUAAACCAGAGCCUCCAUGUUCCCAUGUACCUGUUCCUCCUGAACCUAUCUGUGGUGGAGGUGAGUUUCAGUGCAGUCAUUAUGCCUGAAAUGCUGGUGGUGCUCUCUACUGAGAAAACUAUGAUUUCUUUUGUGGGCUGUUUUGCACAGAUGUAUUUCAUCCUUCUUUUUGGUGGGACUGAAUGUUUUCUCCUGGGAGCGAUGGCUUAUGACCGAUUUGCUGCAAUUUGCCAUCCUCUGAACUACCCAGUGAUUAUGAACAGAGGGGUUUUUAUGAAAUUAGUAAUAUUCUCAUGGAUCUCAGGGAUCAUGGUGGCUACUGUGCAGACCACUUGGGUAUUUAGUUUUCCAUUUUGUGGCCCCAAUGAAAUUAAUCAUCUCUUCUGUGAGACUCCCCCGGUACUAGAGCUUGUGUGUGCAGACACCUUCUUAUUUGAAAUCUAUGCCUUCACAGGCACCAUUUUGAUUGUUAUGGUUCCUUUCUUGUUGAUCCUCUUGUCUUACAUUCGAGUUCUGUUUGCCAUCCUGAAGAUGCCAUCAACUACUGGGAGACAAAAGGCCUUUUCCACCUGUGCCUCUCACCUCACAUCUGUGACCCUGUUCUAUGGCACAGCCAAUAUGACUUAUUUACAACCCAAAUCUGGCUACUCACCAGAAACCAAGAAACUGAUGUCAUUGGCUUACACGUUGCUUACCCCUCUGCUCAAUCCGCUCAUCUAUAGCUUACGAAACAGUGAGAUGAAGAGGGCUUUGAUAAAAUUAUGGCGAAGAAAAGUGAUUUUACACACAUUCUGA